GGAAUUGCACGCUCUCGCGCUUAACGUAUCAAUAUUACUUUAAUAAUUGUGUCUCUAAUUAUACGAAGUUGGUAAUCAUCUGCUGCCUGUGAAGCUCCGGAAGAAGACAAGGGAAGAAGAGAGACUAGCAGUGUUGUUUGUGCUCUGAGUGAAAAUUCGGCAUCUCAUAUUACGUUUGCUGAUGGCGGAAUUCCCUCCACACACUAAAAACUCGUUAUUCUAGAGUUUUUGGUGCAAACGUUUUCACUGUUGUUUUGAGAGAGGUGUGGUUGUUGUCUGGUUGCCAUGGAAGACCGCCCGACGACAAUAAGGGUGUAUCCGGGGGAGCUGAGGCCAGUUUACUACACCUCAGUGCUGGCCUCCCUAACUACCACCCUUGAGGUGAUACGAUUAGCUCUGGAGCGACUGCAGAUUUUCGAAGACAAGACGCUCUAUGAGCUACACGAGGGUUGUCCCGGUGACGAGGACAACUGGACCCUCCUCAAAGAGGGGGAAACCAAAAUCACCACGCAUGCGCAGUUACAAACUCCUCAAACUAGCUAUUAUACUAUAUGGUGUCUCUCUACUGUCAUAAAAAUACUGUCCCCGACUAUAGACAAAAAGCCCUUCAAGGAGCAAUCUCUAUUAUCCUCUGACCACUCCGCUUUGCCAAGACCUAAAUGAAAUUCAAACGGAUUGCAGACAGGCG